GCCCCGUCGGGGGAAGGGCGGCGCUAGGACCCCCGCGGCGCUCGCCGGUCCCGGGCGGCGCGCGGCUCCCGGGGCUCCGUGCGCGCGCGGGAGCGGCGGCCCCGGGCCGGGCAGCACCAGCAGCGGUAGCACCAGCACCAGCAGCGGUAUCAGCAGCAGCAGCAGCGAUAAGCAGCAAGAUCAGCACUGCGGUGCGGAGCGGUCGGUGCAGCGGGCGCGUCCCCUCCGGGCCCGCUGAGCCGAGCAGCGAUGUGACCCCCGGGGCGCCGCCAUGGCCGUGCUCGCCAGAGGGGCCCGGCAGCCCCCUGCGGGGCGCAGGGGGUGCAGGAGGAGAUGACGGACCCCCGCGUGCCGCUCGCCGCCCGCUGCAGAUGAGAGCCCUUGCCCAGGUGCUCGCAGGACGCCAGCGAUCGCUGUGCACUGAGACCGGCACAAAGACAUGAGUGGCAGCACGAGCCAGCGUGCCGCCGCCCUGGGGGUCCUCUUUGCCCUGAUCAUGUUGCUGAUCAUCUACAGCUCCGGCAGCGGGAGCGAGGUCUUCCCCUACAGCCGCCUGCGGGGCAGAGCCCGCCGGCCCCCCGACCUCAAGAAGUGGGGGGUGAAAAGCGGGUACCUGCCCGUCUGCGGAAACAAGACCCUGACUGCCCACUGCCACCAGUGCGUCAUCGUCACCAGCUCCAGCCACCUCCUGGGCACACGCCUGGGCACAGCCAUCGAUGGGGCCGAGUGCACCAUCCGCAUGAAUGACGCUCCCACUACCGGCUAUGAGGUUGACGUGGGCAACAAGACCAGCUUCCGCGUGGUGGCCCACUCCAGCCUCUACCGCGUCCUCAAGCGGCCCCAGGAGUUUGUCAACAAGACCCCAGAGACCAUCUUCAUCUUCUGGGGGCCACCUGCCAAGAUGCAGAAGAGCCUCCUGAAAAUCAUCCAGCGUGUCAGCGCUUCCUUCCCCAACAUGACAGCCUACGUCGUCUCCCCCGGCCGCAUGAAGCAGUUUGAUGACCUGUUUCGGGGGGAGACGGGGAAGGACAGGGAGAAGUCGCGCUCGUGGCUCAGCACUGGCUGGUUCACCAUGGUGAUUGCAGUGGAGCUGUGCGACACAGUCCACGUCUACGGCAUGGUGCCGCCCAACUAUUGUGGCCACCGGCCCCCGCCCCGCCGCCUGCCCUACCACUACUACGAGCCGAAGGGACCUGACGAGUGCACAACCUACAUCCACAACGAGCGGAGCCGCAAGGGCAACCACCACCGCUUUAUCACUGAGAAGCGGGUCUUCGCCAGCUGGGCCGGCCUCUACAACAUCACCUUCUCCCACCCCACCUGGCCCUAGGGGCUGAGCACCCCUGCUGGGCAGAGCCCCCACACGGGAUGGAUGGGGGUUCCCCUGCAUCUCUCUAGGAGUGGGGAGCCGUGGAAACCAGGCGUUGGGGUGCCACUGGGUGCCUCCCAUGGGACCACCGCCGUUGUGCACGGUGGCUCCUCACGUCUUGGAUGUGUUGGGUUUUGAGCUGUUUUCUGAGGGGGCCAGGUGCUGAGUGCAGGGUUUGGGGUCAUCCCACCCCUCCAUGGGGGUGAGAUCCUAGUCGAGGCAUGUUGCAGCCCCUGCAAGCACACAGGGGUGCCAGGUCCCUUUGGCUCAGUUCGGGCCUGCAUUGCUUUUGGGGCCACAACAGAGGCUGUUUCCCCCAACCCCCUGGGUGGGAGGACCCCCUCUUGGGGCUCUACCAUGCCUAGCACACCAAUCCCAGUCCACAGGCACCCUUCCCUCAGCAGAACCCCAAAAUUUUUGGUGGGACCCCAUGGGGGUGACACUGCCACCCUUGGUGCCCCAGCACCCUUAAAACACCCAGCCCCUCCAAGCACCAAAACACCUGCCCCACACUGCCAAAAUUUUUUCUAACUAAAUGAUGGGAUUUUGGGGGGCUUUUGGAUUUUCUUCCCUGCUUCUGGUCCCAGGGUUUGUAUUUGGGUUUCCUGGCUGAAGGAGCAAGCAAGGGCUACUUGUUAGUGGUAAGAAGGGGCCAGCAGCAGCCGGUGCCUGCAUCCUCGUCAUUUAUUAACCACUUACAAACUAUUUAGAAUUGGGCACGUAGCAGGGGGCUGGCAGUGCCCCUUGCAACCUGUGUCUGGGGGUGAAUUUUGUUACUAAUUUUUCAGCAGCGGAGAAGUGGGUUUGGGGAAAAUAGCUAAAUACAGCGUGUUUAGGUACUGAGCCCUGGCAGGGCUCUGUGCCUCAGUUUCCCUCUGGCUGUGGUCCAUCCCUGUUGUGGCUGGGUCUUUGGGGGACUCACUGCCUGAGUGAGGGGGCUGUGGGGCACCCGCGUUUUGUAAUGGUUUGUACAGGAAUAAAUAUUGCUGCAGUCUGUUGCCUUGG